CACGAGGCGGCUUCGCUGCACACCCGAGAAAGUUGCAGCCAAACUUCGGGCGGCGGCUAAGGCGGCGGCCCCGGACCGACUGACUGGGGGAGCAGGGAGUGGAGGCACUCAGCCUGAGUUUCGGGGCGCAGCGCGAGGCUGUGAGCCGCAGAAGUAGAAAGAGGGAAGAGAAAGUGGGGGCUCCUCUGUCGGGACCCCCUCCCCAUGUGGAUCUGCCCCGGCGGCGGCGGCGGCGGAGGAGGCGACCGAGAAGAUGCCCGCCCUGCGCCCGGCUCGGCUGUGGGCGCUGCUGGCGCUCUGGCUGUGCCGCGCGGCCCCCGCGCGUGCAUUGCAAUGUCGAGACAGCUAUGAGCCCUGUGUAAAUGAAGGAAUAUGUGUUACCUACCACAAUGGCACGGGAUACUGCAAAUGUCCAGAGGGCUUCUUGGGAGAAUAUUGUCAACAUCGAGACCCCUGUGGGAAGAACCGCUGCCAGAAUGGAGGGACGUGUGUGGCCCAGGCCAUGUUGGGGAAAGCAACAUGCCAGUGUGCCCUGGGGUUCACAGGCGAGAACUGCCAGUACUCAACCACCCAUCCCUGCUAUGCAUCUCCCUCCUGUCUGAAUGGAGGCACCUGCCACGUGCUCAGCCAGGAUGACUAUGAGUGCACCUGUCAAGUUGGUUUUACAGGUAAGCGGUGCCAGUGGACUGAUGCCUGCCUGUCUCAGCCCUGUGCCAAUGGAAGUACCUGCAUCACUGUGGCCAACCAGUUCUCCUGCAAAUGCCUGGCAGGCUUCACAGGGCAGAAAUGUGAGACUGAUGUCAAUGAGUGUGACAUUCCAAGACAGUGCCAGAAUGGUGGCACCUGCCUCAACCUACCGGGUUCCUAUCAGUGCCAGUGCCCCCAGGGCUUCACAGGCCAGCACUGUGACAGCCCCUACGUGCCCUGUGCACCCUCGCCCUGUGUCAAUGGAGGCACCUGCAGGCAGACCGGUGACUUCACUUUUGAGUGCAACUGCCUUCCAGGUUUUGAAGGCAGCACCUGUGAGCGGAAUAUUGAUGACUGCCCUAACCACAGGUGUCAGAAUGGAGGGGUUUGUGUGGAUGGGGUCAAUACCUACAACUGCCGCUGCCCCCCUCAGUGGACAGGGCAGUUCUGCACGGAGGAUGUGGACGAGUGCCUGCUGCAGCCCAACGCCUGUCAGAAUGGGGGCACCUGCACCAACCACAAGGGAGGCUAUGGCUGUGUGUGCGUCAAUGGCUGGAGCGGAGACGACUGCAGUGAGAACAUCGAUGACUGUGCCUUCGCCUCCUGCACUCCAGGCUCCACCUGCAUUGACCGCGUGGCCUCCUUCUCCUGCAUGUGCCCAGAAGGGAAGACAGGUCUCUUGUGUCAUCUGGAUGAUGCAUGCAUCAGCAAUCCUUGCCACAAGGGGGCACUGUGUGACACCAACCCCCUGAAUGGGCAGUAUAUUUGUACCUGCCCGCAGGGCUACAAAGGGGCUGACUGUACAGAAGACGUGGACGAGUGUACCAUGGCCAAUAGCAACCCUUGCGAGCAUGCAGGAAAAUGCGUGAACACAGACGGCGCUUUCCACUGUGAGUGUCUGAAGGGCUAUGCAGGGCCUCGUUGCGAGAUGGACAUCAACGAGUGCCAUUCGGACCCCUGCCAGAACGAUGCCACCUGCCUGGAUAAGAUUGGAGGCUUCACGUGUCUGUGCAUGCCAGGUUUCAAAGGUGUGCAUUGUGAAUUGGAGAUAAACGAGUGUCAGAGCAACCCCUGUGUGAACAAUGGGCGGUGUGUGGAUAAAGUCAAUCGCUUCCAGUGUCUGUGUCCGCCUGGUUUCACGGGGCCCGUUUGCCAGAUUGACAUUGAUGACUGCUCCAGCACUCCGUGUCUGAACGGGGCCAAGUGCAUCGAUCACCCGAAUGGCUAUGAAUGCCAGUGUGCCACAGGAUUCACUGGCGUGUUGUGUGAGGAGAACAUCGACAACUGCGACCCCGAUCCCUGCCAUCAUGGCCAGUGUCAGGACGGGAUUGAUUCCUACACCUGCAUCUGCAACCCGGGGUACAUGGGCGCCAUCUGCAGCGACCAGGUGGAUGAGUGUCUCAGCAGCCCCUGCCUGAACGAGGGCCGCUGCAUCGACCUGGUGAACGGCUAUCAGUGCAACUGCCAGCCGGGCACGUCAGGUAUUAAUUGUGAAAUCAAUUUUGAUGACUGUGCAAGUAACCCUUGUGUCCAUGGAGUCUGUAUGGACGGAGUUAAUCGUUAUCGUUGCGUCUGCUCACCAGGAUUCACAGGGCAGAGAUGUAACCUUGACAUUGAUGAGUGCGCCUCUAAUCCCUGUCGCAAGGGUGCCACAUGCAUCAAUGACGUGAAUGGCUUCCGCUGCAUAUGCCCCGAGGGGCCCCAUCACCCCAGCUGCGUCUCGCAGGUGAACGAGUGCCUGAGCAACCCCUGCAUCCACGGCAACUGUACCGGAGGCCUCAGUGGAUACAAGUGCGUCUGUGAUGCAGGCUGGGUUGGCGUCAACUGUGAAGUGGACAAAAAUGAAUGUCUUUCCAAUCCAUGCCAGAAUGGAGGCACUUGUGACAAUCUAGUGAAUGGAUACAGAUGUACUUGCAAGAAGGGCUUUAAAGGCUUUAACUGUCAAGUGAAUAUCAACGAAUGUGCUUCAAAUCCAUGCCUGAACCAAGGAACCUGCUUUGAUGACAUAAGUGGCUACAUUUGCCGCUGUGUGCUGCCGUACACAGGCAAGAACUGUCAGACUGUAUUGGCUCCCUGUUCCCCAAAUCCUUGUGAGAAUGCUGCUGUUUGCAAAGAGGCACAAAACUUUGAGAGUUACACCUGCCUGUGUGCUCCUGGCUGGCAAGGUCCGCGGUGCACAGCUGACAUCGAUGAGUGUCUCUCCAAGCCCUGCUUGAACCAUGGUCUCUGCCAUAACACCCAGGGCAGCUACAUGUGCGAGUGUCCUCCAGGCUUCAGUGGUAUGGACUGUGAGGAGGACAUCGAUGACUGCCUCGCCAAUCCUUGCCAGAACGGAGGUUCCUGUGUGGAUGGAGUGAAUACUUUCUCCUGCCUGUGCCUUCCGGGCUUCACUGGGGACAAGUGUCAGACGGACAUAAACGAGUGUCUGAGCGAGCCCUGUAAGAAUGGAGGGACUUGCUCCGACUAUGUCAGCAGUUACACUUGCAGGUGCCAGGCGGGGUUCGAAGGAGUCCACUGUGAGAACAACAUCAACGAGUGCACUGAGAGCUCCUGUUUCAACGGUGGCACGUGUGUCGAUGGGAUUAACUCCUUCUCCUGCUUGUGCCCUGUGGGCUUCACUGGCCCGUUCUGCCUCCACGAGAUCAAUGAAUGCAACUCUCAUCCUUGCCUGAAUGAAGGAACGUGUGUUGACGGCCUGGGUACCUACCGCUGCACCUGCCCCUUGGGCUACACUGGGAAGAACUGUCAGACUCUGGUGAACCUCUGUAGUCGGUCUCCAUGUAAAAACAAAGGCACUUGUGUUCAGGAAAAAGCAGAGUCCUGGUGCCUGUGUCCGUCUGGAUGGACUGGUGCCUACUGUGACGUCCCCAACGUCUCCUGUGAGGUGGCAGCCGCCCAAAGAGGGUUGUCUGUUGACAGCUUGUGCCAGCACUCAGGUGUCUGUAUCGAUGCGGGCAACUCGCAUCACUGCCAGUGCCCCUUGGGCUACACCGGGAGCUACUGUGAGGAGCAGCUUGACGAGUGCUCGUCCAAUCCCUGCCAGCACGGAGCCACCUGCAGGGACUUCAUUGGUGGAUACAGAUGCGAGUGUGUCCCAGGGUACCAGGGUGUCAACUGCGAGUAUGAAGUGGAUGAGUGCCAGAAUCAGCCGUGCCAGCACGGAGGCACCUGCGUCGACCUGGUGGACCACUUCAAGUGCUCCUGCCCGCCGGGCACUCGGGGCCUGCUUUGUGAGGAGAACAUCGAUGACUGUGCCAGGGGACCCCACUGCCUUAAUGGUGGUCAGUGUGUGGACAAGAUCGGGGGCUACAGUUGCCGCUGCCUGCCUGGCUUUGCCGGAGAGCGGUGCGAGGGGGACAUCAACGAGUGCCUGUCCAACCCCUGCAGCUCCGAGGGCAGCCUGGACUGCGUGCAGCUCACCAACGACUACCUGUGCGUCUGCCGCAGCGCCUUCACCGGUCGUCACUGUGAAACUUUCGUCGAUGUGUGUCCCCAGAUGCCUUGCUUGAAUGGAGGGACAUGUGCUGUGGCCAGCAACAUGCCUGAUGGUUUCAUCUGUCGCUGUCCCCCGGGAUUCUCUGGGGCGAGAUGCCAGAGCAGCUGUGGACAGGUGAAAUGCAGGCGCGGGGAGCAGUGUGUGCACACGACCUCAGGACCCCGCUGCUUCUGCCCCAACCCCCAGGACUGCGAAUUAGGCUGUGCCAGCAGCCCCUGCCAGCACGGGGGGAGCUGCUCCCCGCAGCGCCAGCCUCCGUACUACUCCUGCCAGUGCCCGCCGCCAUUCUGGGGCAGCCGCUGCGAGCUCCUCCCGGUCCCCACCAGCACCCCUCCUGCCACCUGUCUCAGCCAGUACUGUGCCGACAAAGCCCGCGAUGGCGUCUGCGACGAGGCCUGCAACAGCCACGCCUGCCAGUGGGAUGGGGGCGACUGUUCCCUCACCAUGGAGAACCCCUGGGCCAACUGCUCCUCCCCGCUCCCCUGCUGGGAUUACAUCAACGGCCAGUGUGAUGAGCUGUGCAACACAGCCGAGUGCCUGUUCGACAACUUCGAAUGCCAGGGGAACAGCAAGACGUGCAAGUAUGACAAGUACUGUGCAGACCACUUCCGAGACGACCACUGUGACCAGGGGUGCAACAGUGAGGAGUGCGGCUGGGACGGGCUGGACUGUGCUGGUGACCGGCCCGAGAACCUGGCAGAGGGGACCCUGGUCAUUGUGGUGCUGAUGCCGCCCGAGCAGCUGCUGCAGGACGCUCGCAGCUUCCUGCGGGCCCUAGGCACCCUGCUGCACACCAACCUGCGCAUCAAGCAGGACUCCCGGGGGAACCUCAUGGUCUACCCCUAUUAUGGUGAGAAGUCCGCCACCAUGAAGAAGCAGAGGAUGGCACGCAGAUCCCUUCCUGAGGACCAGGAACAGGAGGUGGCUGGCUCUAAGGUGUUUCUGGAAAUUGACAACCGCCAGUGCAUUCAGGAUUCAGACCAGUGCUUCAAGAGCACGGAUGCAGCAGCAGCUCUUCUGGCCUCUCACGCCAUCCAGGGCACCCUGUCGUACCCUCUCGUCUCUGUCGUCAGUGAAUCCCCGGACCCCAAGCGCACCCAGCUGCUCUAUCUGCUCGCCAUCGCCGUGGUCAUCAUCCUGUUCAUCAUCCUGCUGGGGGUUAUCAUGGCGAAACGAAAGCGAAAGCACGGCGCGCUCUGGCUGCCCGAAGGGUUCACCCUCCGCCGAGACUCGAGCAACCACAAGCGCCGUGACCCAGUGGGACAGGACGCCGUGGGGCUGAAAAACCUCUCCAUGCAAGUCUCAGAGGCUAACCUCAUAGAUUCUGGAACGAGUGAACAUUGGGUCGAUGAUGAAGGGCCCCAGCCGAAGAAAGCCAAGGCUGAAGAUGAGGCUUUACUCUCGGAAGAAGAUGACCCCGUCGAUAGACGCCCAUGGACCCAGCAGCACCUCGAAGCCGCAGACAUUCGCAGGACACCAUCGCUGGCUCUCACGCCCCCACAGGCAGAGCAGGAGGUGGAUGUGCUGGACGUGAAUGUCCGGGGCCCAGAUGGGUGCACCCCGCUGAUGCUGGCUUCCCUCCGAGGAGGCAGCUCAGACAUGAGCGACGAAGAUGAAGAUGCAGAGGACUCUUCCGCCAACAUCAUCACAGACUUGGUCUACCAGGGCGCCAGCCUCCAGGCCCAGACAGACCGGACCGGUGAGAUGGCCCUGCACCUCGCAGCGCGCUACUCGCGGGCCGAUGCUGCCAAGCGCCUCCUGGACGCAGGUGCAGACGCCAAUGCCCAGGACAACAUGGGCCGCUGCCCUCUCCAUGCUGCCGUGGCGGCUGACGCCCAAGGUGUUUUCCAGAUUCUGAUCCGCAACCGAGUAACUGAUCUAGAUGCCAGGAUGAAUGAUGGUACCACCCCCCUGAUCCUGGCUGCUCGCCUGGCUGUGGAGGGCAUGGUGGCCGAACUGAUCAACUGCCAAGCAGAUGUGAACGCGGUGGAUGACCAUGGAAAAUCUGCUCUUCACUGGGCAGCUGCUGUCAAUAAUGUGGAGGCAACACUUCUGCUGUUGAAAAAUGGGGCCAACCGAGACAUGCAGGACAACAAGGAAGAGACACCACUGUUCCUUGCUGCCCGGGAGGGGAGCUAUGAAGCUGCCAAGAUCCUGUUAGACCACUUUGCCAAUCGGGACAUCACAGACCACAUGGACCGCCUGCCCCGGGAUGUGGCUCGCGAGCGCAUGCACCACGACAUCGUGCGCCUGCUGGACGAGUACAACGUGACCCCGAGCCCUCCCGGCACCGUGCUGACUUCCGCCCUCUCGCCCGUCCUCUGUGGGCCCAACAGGUCUUUCCUCAGCCUGAAACACACCCCCAUGGGCAAGAAGCCCAGACGGCCCAAUGCCAAGAAUACCAUGCCCACCAGCCUCCCUAACCUUGCCAAGGAGGCCAAGGAUGCCAAGGGUAGUAGGAGGAAGAAGUCGCUGAGUGACAAGGGCCAGCUCUCUGAGAGCUCAGUGACUCUGUCCCCCGUGGAUUCCCUAGAGUCUCCUCACACAUACGUUUCUGACACCACAUCCUCGCCAAUGAUUACAUCCCCGGGCCUCCUACAGGCCUCACCCAACCCUAUGUUGGCCGCUGCCCCUCCGCCUGCCCCGGUCCAUGCACAGCAUGCACUGUCUUUCUCUAACCUGCAUGAGAUCCAGCCCCUGGCUCACGGGGCUGGCACUGUGCUUCCCUCGGUGAGCCAGCUGCUGUCCCACCACCACAGGGCGCCCCCCGGCAGCGGCAGUGUGGGGAGCUUGAGUAGGCUGCACCCAGUCACUGUCCCGGCAGACUGGAUGAGCCGCAUGGAGAUGAAUGAGAGCCAGUACAACGAGAUGUUCGGUAUGGUCCUGGCACCAGCUGAGGGCACCCCUCCUGGCAUAGCUCCUCAGAGCAGGCCGCCAGAAGGGAAGCAUUUAACCACCCCCCGGGAGCCUUUGCCCCCCAUUGUGACUUUCCAGCUAAUCCCCAAAGGCAGCGUUGCCUCCCCAGCUGGGGUGCCCCAGCCUCAGUCCAGCUGCCCUCCAGUUGUUGCAGGCUCCCUGCCCACCAUGUACCAGAUUCCAGAAAUGGCUCGUUUGCCCAAUGUGGCUUUCCCCACGGCCAUGAUGCCCCAGCAGGAUGGGCAGGUUGCUCAGACCAUUCUCCCUACCUACCAUCCUUUUCCAGCCUCCGUGGGCAAGUACCCCACCCCCCCCUCACAGCAUAGUUAUGCUUCCUCGAAUGCUGCCGAGCGCACGCCCAGUCACAGUGGUCACCUGCAGGGGGAGCAUCCCUACCUGACCCCAUCCCCAGAGUCUCCUGACCAGUGGUCAAGUUCGUCACCCCACUCUGCUUCUGACUGGUCAGAUGUGACCACCAGCCCCACUCCUGGGGGUGCAGGAGGAGGUCAGCGGGGACCUGGGACACACAUGUCUGAGCCACCACGCAGCAACAUGCAGGUUUACGCGUGAAAGAAUCUGCCUCCGUAGUAGGCACAGAACUGCCUACUGUACAUGCUGCUGAGGACAAAUGAAGGCCAUCUGGGAGGGCAAUGAAGAAAUCUCUGGAACCAGCUUCUGGAGGCAGAAGAGAGGAAAUGUGCUUACCUUUCAGAUAACGCAAGGGAAGCAGUUCCAUCAACUUCGGUGGGUCUGUGCAGGGUUUGGGAGGGAGGACAAGCCUCCUUCUAACCUCUUGCCCAUCAAGCCAAGUCUGUGGAGAUGCAAGAUGAAUACAAGACUUGGGACCAUGUUUACUCUCUUAUUUGGAGAACAGGACCAAUGCCUGGUGUAGCUCGGACUGCAGCUUGGACUGCAUUUUACGCCAUGGGGGCUGCUGCCAUAUCCAGGAGAAGAUUCUGAGUCCAGUCCUACUGGGAAUUGUGCCCUGGAAUUCUAGCUCAAUCAGUCUGUCUCAUCUUCUCUGCCUUGGAAAUGCUUCUGACUUUAUUUGGUGCUUUAAGUUUGCACCUGUCUGGUUGUGGCCCCGCCAGAAGUCAGAGGGCCUGGCCUUCGUGCCUUUAAUCAUUCCUGCUCUGGAACGAGACUUUGCCUCCUUCCCCGCCUGUUUCCAGAGUCCCUGCAGGUCUCACAGGGUUUACUUCGGUUAUGGUUCUCAGCAUAAACUUUUCCAGUACGUUUCUUUAGAAAAUGGACAUACUGCAUCCUCCUACACAAUUGCGUUCCUAGAAGAGGAGCAAAAUAUUUUUCUUUGAACCCAAUUUGGGGACAGGAGAUCCCUUCAAGAGGCUGCACCUAGGUCUCUGGUCUGCAUGCAGGGCUUUGUAUAAACCUACGGGAGGAAGGAUAAGAACCAUGUUUCCAUUUGUGGGCCUAGUCAGUGUGAACUUUUAUCCUUGGCAGUAUGCUUACUAUGACUCCCUUUUAGAAAAACCAGACAAGGAUUUGGAAUGUUGGAAGGAGCAAGAAAUAAAGUAACUGACACAGGAAGUAGUCCCCCCACUGACGCCCCCGCCCUUCCUGCUGGGCUGUGCUGGCCUCCGGUGUGAAACACGUUCCCAGGUCUUAGAGUCCUCGGGUGCUGCCCUCAUUCACAGCAGAUGAAGCUAGUCUGUGAGCUGAGCCUCUCCUCCCGCCAGUCCUCACAGAAGAAAGGGUCUCAGUCUUUCCUCACCUAGAAUGGAACUUUCCUCUGAUCAAGGGAGCCCGCGCUGUCUUCCCUUCACCCAGCGAGCAGUUUACUUCCCGAUUCUCUCUGAUCGCGGGCCCGUCGCCAGUCUUCCUUCCACGUGGUGUGGUCUGAGUUGCUGUGUACCCAGUAGGUUCUCACUGAACGCAGGGAUUUUCAAUGUGGAAAAUGGAAUGUUGACCUAGUUUUGUAGGGGCAGAGCCAGCCUAUGAGAGGGCUGGAAUGGGAGGAACUAGGAGGCAGCCUUUGCUGUUGUUGCUACCAUUUCGCUUCCUUCGCAGCAGUCAUGACAUCUCCUUUUAGGUAAGACACUUACCAAGGACGUUUUUCCUUCCUGUAGCACCCAUCUAGAUGACGAUGGAGAGUUACAGACUCAGUUUGGAAUUGCAUCUCAUCGAAGUUUGCUCUUGGUAUUUGUGGUCUUGGCAAUUUCCUGGACCCUCUGUCAAGGGCAGAAGUGUUCUAGUUAACACUAGAAGUAGAAAGAUAAUAGUUUUCCCGCCGUCUCCCUGAGUCAGCAAAUAACUGGUCCUAUGGCCACACUGUCACAUCUACCUGGUGCUAUGAUGUCAUGACACCUGGAUAAUUUGUUCUAGAGCAUUUGGUAGAUAUUAAUAGAACUGCCUACUCUGUUUUGGUUUGAAUAAUCUUCAUUCCUGCCUGGCUGACAGUGUUCAAAUGUGCUUCCCACUUACUUGAUUGACUGCCUGUGGCCCCAUAUACAAAGUCCUGUGUGUCUGUUAGCAUGGCCAUCUGCUGCAAAUGAUUUUCUUCAGUCCUGCCCAAGUUCAUGAGCCAACAGAAGUCAUUAGUUCUGCUCUAAUAUAAGCAGAUUGCUUAUUCAUCCUGUAUUUUAUUUUCUCAUGUGGCAACUCCAUCAGCCCCUUUCACAGUAUGUAACACUUUAUCAUUCUAAAUUCGGAUUCUAUCCUUGGACCCAUUUGUUAGCCCACAGAUGGGAGAAUCUGUGUGCCUGAGUCACCCCUCCACCCUGCCCUGCCUUCACCCUGUUCCAGCCCCACUCACCGACAGUAUCGGCCUCCGAUCCGGCAGCUGGAAUCUGUCGUAACCUCCUCCCUCUCCAAGCACUGUGUAGAUCCGACUUGCCUCUUCUCCUUGGAAUCCCCUGGGUUUCAGGGAAGGGAGUGUGAGCUGCCAUUGCAGACCACAGGCUUCAGCGAUAAAGAGAAGGUACUUGCUUUCAAGCACUUGUCAACCGCUUGGAUUUUAAGGACCCUUGAAUUGCAUCAUAUCUAAUGAAAGAAAAGGUAAGAUGGAGUCUCACUUUCCCAUUUGGUUCUGAAUGGCAGACUAACUUUUAAGAGGACACAGCUUUUAUGUCAUUUGUAGGUCAACCCCCUACUUUUGAUUUAUUUUUAUAAAUUCUUCCUUUGAUUCUUCUGUCAUCCUCUGGGCAUAUAUUUUUUUGUUUAUUUCUUCUGUUUUGUGUUAAGCAUCAUUCUCUGACUACAUGAUGGUGAGAGAGAGAGAGAUUUGAGGACAGGAGAGACUCAGAGUUAAAGAUUUUAAUGUAAUCAGUCAGCUGCGAUGCUCAAGUCCAGUAUACCAUCUCACCAUUAAAUUUGCUCAUUCGUAAUUCUUGUACAGAAAAGAACCAAAGGUGAAAUGUGUUGUUGGCAGGUGGUUUGGGGAAUUUGGCCUUAACCAGUAUAUUGAAUGCAUGAUAAUUAUUUGAUGGGACGUGUUCUACUCCCCUCCCUCACUCUCUGGGACUCCGGCUCCUUCCCUGUGUACAUUUCUCCUAAGAAUGAUAUUAUAUCUGUUUGUAUGAGAAGUCCAGUAACCGAUAAAAUGACUGCAUAUUCCUAACUAUACAUAGUAAGGAAAAUGCACACUUUGUUUUUACUUUUCAAAGUUUCAUUCUAAAAGUAGUUAAGAUGAAAUUUAUAUGAAAGCAUUUUUAUCACAAAAUAAAAAGCUACAUGUCAAGCUCAGUGGCGUGGCCGUUUUAAUAUUCCAUCCCUGCGUGCCUGGUCCUGCAGAGGUUCCCUCGUGCCAUUUGCUUCGAGAGAGAUCCUUUUCAUUCUGAGUCCCACAGGGCCUAGGUGCUGCCUUUCUUUCUCCAGGCAGAUCCUAAAUAAAUGCUUUUGAAGAAGAAGCUUCUGGAAAAUAGGAAACAUCAUAAGACUGGGUCACUUUUCUGAACACUGGCAACAGACACUUGCUCAGGACGAAGCGCCUUCCGGUGGAACUGGAGGGUGUGUAAAGGCAGAACUGCAACUUGGGAUGGAACGCACGGUGGUGGUGGUGCUGGUCCACAAGCUUAAUCAAAUUAAAUUUUAUAUGGAACUUAAUAUAUG